AUGAUGGAGGGACAUUUACCAGUAAUGCAAAGCACGCUGGAGCCAGUCAGUCUCUCAGAUGAUGCCUCUUCAGGGUCCCCACAUAAUGAGAAGUCUGAUGAAAGAUCUGGAAUGAAGGAAUGCUCAAGCAUCAGUUACACUGAAGCUGAUGCUGGUGUAUCUGAAAGGGAAUCCAGGUUGUUGCCUUUCGACCAGGAUUCAGCAGCUAUUGGCAUGAGCAGCAAUGGGGCCCUGGCAGAAAGACUGGAGCAGCAGUGCGGAGGGGCAGAUUGCUGUGCGAAUCCCUGCUCUGAUAGAAAGGUGGAAAGCUCCACAGAACCAGAACAUUUAUCUAGUGAAGAAUUUGAACGGCAAGAUCCCAAAACUAACCAGACGGAACAGUCGCUGAUGGAGAUAUUAGAGGAGCUGAGGGAGGAGUCUGACUUUGUGAAAAACUCAAGCGAUAAAAUCUAUUCCGAAAGUCCCUAUGACACAGACUGCACAAAGAAGCUUAUUUCCACAAUCCAUCAGACUUCCUCACAGGAGGAUUUGCUAAAGGAAAUAGAGUCUGAACUCUUAUCUACGGAUCUUCCAAAGGAAAUAAAAUCCCCCAAUGGUGUGCGGAAGGGUGAACAUGCCUUGGCUGUGUUUGAAAAGUGUGUGCAAGAGAAAUACCUGGAGCAAGAACAGACCAUAAAAAAAUUAAUUAAAGAAAAUAAAAAACAUCAGGAACUGAUUUUGGAAAUCUGCUCGGAAAAGGACAACUUAAAAGAUGAAUUGAAAAAACAAACCGAAACAGAAAAGCAGCACCUCAACAUUAUUAAACAGCUGGAAGCGAGAAUGGAAGAGCUUAAUAAAGAACUGAAAGCUAGUAAAGACAAACUUGUAACUCAAGAUGCAGCAGCCAAAAAUGCUAUUCAGCAGUUGCAUAAAGAGAUGGCCUUUCGAAUGGAACAGGCAAACAAGAAGUGUGAAGAAGCACGCCAUGAGAAAGAAACAAUGGUGAUGAAAUACGUCCGAGGGGAGAAGGAGUCGCUUGACCUCCGAAAGGAAAAGGAGACACUUGAGAGAAGAGUGAGAGAUGCAAACAAAGAAAUAGAAAAGCAUACUAAUAAAAUCAAACAACUUUCUCAGGAAAAAGGAAGAUUGCACCAGCUCUAUGAAGCGAAGGAUGGUGAAGCCACUCGACUCAGCAGAGAAAUAGAAAAAUUGAAAGAAGAAAUCAAUUCUCAUGUUAUCAAAGUAAAAUGGGCUCAGAACAAAUUGAAAACAGAAAUGGAUUCACACAAGGAAACCAAAGAACGCCUCAAAGAUGCAAUGACAAAAUUAACUGAAGCAAAAGAAGAAGCAGACCAGAUAAGAAAAAAUUGUCAAGAAAUGAUAAAGACCUAUCAG